UAGCCUUUCACACACUCAUCUGUUGCUGCAGUCUGCUGCACCUUCCCUCAGUAAAGGCACAACUGGGUGACUGCCUGCCUGGCAGCAUGGAGCGGGAAGGGAUGCUGGUCCAGUCUAUUUACUUUGGGGGAAUUGGAAGCGAGGCCACGGAGAGGCUGCUGGAGAGGUUCGGACACGACGGCAGCUUUCUGCUGAGAGACAGCGAGACGGUUCAAGGGGCCUUCUGUCUGUGUGUGAGAAAAACACCGUUUGUGCACACCUACAGGCUCGUACACUCCGCCGACGGCUGGUGUCUCCAGGAUUUGAGAGUCAGACCUCAGAGGUUUAGGACCCUGGAAACACUCAUAGAGACCUACAGAAGAGCUACAGCCUCUAAUGUUGGUAUAGUUCCCCUCACAGACCCACUGGACAAAAGUCAACUACAAAACAACUUGGAGUUCGUCUACAUGGAGGUGAACAGUGGCAGCUCAGUGUGUUGAGGCCUUUGUGUCGUCAUGCAGGCGCCGGUAAUCUGGCAGGAAAACGAGACGACAGAAACGUGCAGUAUGUCAUGCAUGCCGCCUACAAACUUCUGGGGGACUUGAAAGUCAAUGAAAUGUGUUUAAAUUAAGGAGUGUUUUGGUUACUGCUGUGUAAAUACGAUACACAUCUCGGGUUUUAUUUUCAGCCCACCUUUGUACGUGGUUUGUAAUUGUUUUAAUCUGUCUGUGAGAAAGUGUGCAUUUGCCAGUUAACACACCAACAGCUUCCAGCCUUAUGGACUCACUAUGCAACACGUGCCCAACCGCCUGUAUUCUCAUGUUUUGUUUGAUAAAUAAAAUCAAUUUAACCAUG